CGUGACAAUGGUACCACUCGUGUUGUAGCUGACGAACGGGUGAAAGCAGCGGUCGUCGAGCGUUGUCGGUGGUUUUAGGUUUGUUUUGUGGGUGCUUCAUGUUCUGACCCAGGAUGUCUUCUUCCUCGUCUACCGACGCAUCAGAGAGGAAGGAGAAGGAGGAAUCCACGAUGGGGCAACGACUCUGGGCUGCUGUGAAGACGAAUCUCCUGUGCCACACCUUCUUCACACUGGUGUUCCUGUCGAGUGGGCUUGUGCUCAACGCAUUCCAGCUGGUCGUCUACUGCCUGGUGCGGCCCGUCUCGCGGCACUGGUACCGCCGCAUCAACUACUACCUCAUCUAUGCCUCCUGGUCACAGGUGGUGGCAUUGGCUCAGUGGUGGUCGGGGAGCCGCAUCAAGGUGUGGGGCACAGACGAAGACAUGGACGCCCUCCUCAAGGAUCACCACAUGUGCGUCAUGAAUCACUGUUACGAAGUCGACUGGCUGGUCUGCUGGAUGAUCUGUGACCAGUUUAAGAUGCUCGCAAAUGCAAAGACCUUUGCGAAAAAGUCAUUGAUGUACGUUCCCGUCAUUGGCUGGAACUGGGCCUUGUCAGAGCAGAUUUUUCUCGAGCGAAGCUGGGAGAAGGACUCUCUGACCAUCGGCGGGAAGCUGGACAAACUGCUGGACUACAAGGACAAGAUCCUGCUAUUGAUGUUCUCGGAAGGGACGCGGUUUAGCAAGGCAAAGCACGAGCUGAGCCUGGAGUUUGCGGCCAAGAGAAACCUGCCCAAGCUGAAGCACCACUUGCUUCCAAGACCUAAAGGCUUCGUGUACUGCACUCGUCACUUCAAGGAGAGAGGUUGUUCGGCCCUGUAUGACGUGCAGGUGGGCUUCCGUCACUCCCCGAAUCCACCCACGAUCAAGUCUGUCCUCAAUGGUCGCCCAUUCGUGGCUGAUCUCUUAUUCCGGAGGGUACCACUUGACAAUGUGCCAACGGACUCUGAUGAAGAAUGCACGAAGUUUCUUUACGAUCUUUACGUGGAAAAGGACAACGAGAUGGAUGAGUACCUCAAGACGGGCAAGUUCCCUGGCACCGUGAGGGAGUUGCCAGUGCGAAUCUGGCCUCUGUUGGUUCUCUGCUUCUGGAGCUUGCUGGUUGCAGUGCCCUGCCUGUAUGCCUUCUACGCAGUGCUCACCAGUGGCAGCACAAUCACUGUGGUGGCGUUCUCCACAUUCAUUGCCCUUUUGCUCUCCAUUCUUCACUGGAUGGUUGGUCUGUCAGAGAUAAAGAAAAGCUCCACAUACGGGACCACGAAACGUGUCAGCCCAGGCCCAGAUGGCGAUAAGCCGAGUACGAAUGGCGAUUACGCAAGGAAGGAGCCCCUCAUUCGAAGUUCAUCAUGAGGUGUGACAUCAAAAGACUUUCCUAAAUAUGUGUUACCUCUAUCAUGCGAACACAUGCAUCACGGAAAUGUGUGGCGCGAGAGAACUUUCCUUCGACGUGUCCUUAUAACUUUGUCAUUAUUCCUCGUUUGUUUGGUGUCCUUGUUCUUUUUUUAUUUUUUAUUGUUGCUGAUUCGAGUUAUUAUAUCCUACUCAGGUAGCGUACUGUUUGUUUUAGCAACCUCAAUGUGCCCUUUCUUCCUGAGACAGUGUUUCUGUCACACUCAGAACAAUUAGAUCGGAAUAGUGUGACUAUAUUUUGUUCUGGCACUGAUCUAGCCCAAUAGCUGCGAGCAUGCAAUUGGAUGCGCAGUGUAUUUGAUUAUUGCUUGUUGGGAGUUUUAUUGUGUGUCUGUCAAAUGCUCAGAUUGGUUCUGCUUCCUGCCAGUCUUGUGAGUGUUUGUAUUAGGAGCGUGCAAAUAUUGAAAUUUUUAAAUACGAAUCGAAUACAAAUAAAGCAGAAAAACUGUCUUUGAAUACUGAAUACUUUGAAUACUUUGAAUAAAUGGGUUCGACUUGUACAGUCGAACCCCUUUAUAAGACACUCUGAUAUAAGAGACAAAUCGGUAUAAGAGACACCAGUAUGACUACAGUAAAAUAGUGGGGAUAUGAAAAUGCAUGCAAGGUCUCCUGCUUAUAAGAGACAUCUCGUAUAAAAGACAUGAAUUGUUGCCCAGAGCAUGCCUCUUAUUAAGGGGUUUAACUUUAGUUUAGAAAGCUGCAUAAAAGUGAGCAAAAGUUGCUUUUACAAAUCGUUCAAAAUAUAAAUAUUGAAAUCGCAUUUAAGUAGACUGCAGCAAGGUGAAAUGACUUAUUGUAAUGUGCUCAUUACAAGACUUUUGUGGGGGAGAAUUCAAUACUUGAUGUUUUCAGAAUGUAAGUGCAACAUUUAGCAACAAAAUGUCAUCACAGGACAUGCUAAUCAAUAGCCAUAGAACGAGUUAUGAGGCACCGAAUACACAAGCCUAUACUUUGGAGAUUUGGUCAGGGAUUCAUUUCAGCUACAUUUUUAACUGCAGCGAGUUUAAAAUGGCUAUGAAUAAUCUCCGUUUCACGGAAUAUUAGGCUGUAGAGGGUAACAUUCUCAACGUUUCAAGGCUGAAUAUUUGGGAGCAUAAAAAAUAUGAAUUUGUAGUUAAAUGUGUCUUGAAUAAUUAAAAUGUUCUAUUUAUCUUCAAGAUUUCAAAUAUUUGCACACCCCUAGUUUAAAUAAAUUAGUAGACUCACCAGCUUCAAUCACUAGUUGUUUGGACUAGGCAUGUGUGUGAAAACCUUAGCAUGAAUCAUUAGUCAGCAACUCCUUUGGCAUCGCAGCUUCGGCAGUACACUGUCUUUUGCCUGCUGAUAAAGAAAUGUACUAGGCUUUCCUCGCUACUAAAUGUGUUGGUCGUGUACGCUUUAAUGCGUUUCCCUCCCCUUUUUUUGACCAAACGAGAACGUACUGUACUAUUACUGUUCAAUCACCACGUGUUGCCUCAUUAUGUGGAAUGUUUGUUGUGAGCCUGUUUUUUAUCAAAUGUGAAGAGAUUUCAGUGAUCCUUCCUGGAAUGCCUGUUAGCUGUGAUAUGCUGUCAUUUGAAAGCAACUUGUACAGUUUAUUCCAGCUCUUAGUACUAGUUCGUAAUGUUUUCCAGUUCCUUGCAUGAUGUUCAAGAAGGCUAACUACCUGUUCGUGGUUAAUUAAUGGCUUGAUUUUGAUUCUGGUUAACCAACCGAAUCAAAAUCAGUUUGCAAACUGAUUUGAAGCUUUAGUGGUGUCGGUGGUUUGCAGUUUUAGUGGUGUCGAAAGUAAGGAUGAGAUGAUAAAAAGAAGAAAAAAGGAAAACCAGGCUCUCCAGCUGAAGGCUUGCAUUUCGAUACUAGAUGCUCAUGUGUGUCAAUACCUAACUUAAAAAGAUUUACUGGGAGUUCUCCUGUGCUUUGAACCUUCUGCAUUGUUUGAGCUGCCAAGCUGAAUGUGUGUUUUAUUUCGUUUUGCUGUGUGUGUUUUUCUGGGCCUCGUUUCAGUCGAGGCAAUCGUCGAAUACCCGAGUGCAUAGAGAGAUCGGCACAUUUGGAUGUAAGACGUAAUUCAGUAAUGUGCGGCCCUUUUGCAUGCCUGCCUUAGUGUAUGAAUGUAUUUCUAUCCAUCAGUCAUAGGGUGAGUACAAAUGGGGACUAUAUUUCUAUCUUUUACCGUUGAAUGUUGAUGCGAAAAUAAUAAUUUUGCACUAUUUAACAAUUCUUGCAAAAGUGUGAAAGGCUUAUUCACACAGAAUGUUAUUUUAAAGUUGUAAAGCAUUGUCAGUAACAUAUAUGUUAUGACAAACAGUCUUAUGGUAACACCCAUGAUAUUAGUGAUCACUUUUACUACCUCUUCCUAAGUCUCUAACCUCUUUUUCUUUAAUUUUAUUUGCACCCAGAAGCUUGAGGGGUAUUUAGUUUGUACUUACAUAUAAUAGAGCAGCUCUCAUUCUUAGGCUUACAGCAUAUUGCUUUCUGAAUUAACAUUGUAAUCGAGCAGUGUUAACACACUAGCAUCAGCUAGCAUAAUAUACGCUGCUUGUUAUAUUUUUGUUUGAAAUCUCUCCUUUUAGCUUAUUAUUUAAGUACAAGUUGUUCUUUCUGUUUUUGCAUGUUGAGUGGCAUGUGUGAUUCAACCAGAAUUUGGGUGUAAUUAAUAUUAAUUAGUUGCUACAUAAGAUGCAUUUCGAGCGCAUACAUAUUCGGUGCGGUGUCAUUGGUGCUGGGGUCUCUAUUUCGUGCAGCUUGAUAAUUACAUUGUUUAUCAAUGAAAUCAUGGUCUCUUUGACUGGUAACAUCAUGAAAUGCACUUUGGCCAGUAUUGCAACACCCUCAUUUCAAGCUGUAAAGUAGACAUAUCUCGGCACUGGACGAUGUAUGCCCGAAAAUGUGCUUGAAGCACAUUCCCUGCUUUUUCUGCUUUCUUGGUUUGAGCAGUAUCGAAAGAGGUUAGGACAAAUCAUUGCGUGUCAUUUGUUAUCAAAAAUGUGUGUUAUAAAAUUUUACUGCAUUGUUAUGCUGAGCAUACAGACUUCGUUUAUGUUUUCUUUUUCAUGCAAACAGCGCUGAAAGUAUUGAUAGAUAACUACCUGCAAUGCUGCCUAGUAUAUUUUGGCCCUAAUAGCAUGUGGAGAUAGAAGUGUUGUUUUGACUGUGUUGUCUGUCAUAUCUUUCGUAUCAAGUGCAAUAUUAUUUGACUGUACAGUCUUCUUUUAUGUAAUUAGAGUAUUGCCCGAAAAAAAAUUGCUGUGUCUUGGUCUGCCUUCCUCCUAGAAUGUCAAAUUGUUUUCACAUACUCUGAUAUAUUGCCUGAGCAUUCUACACCGUGCACCGAAAUUCUAUGCUCAUGCAAGAAACAAUCUAAAACAAUGCUCUGAUGUGUAUAAUUAGACUCUCGAAAGUGUCGACUUGGAGCCAAAGCUGCUGAAAAAUUGUCCUGUUGCUUUUCUGUUGGCUUUGCUGCAAUGAACGCUGCAUAACCACGAAGCCAAUACUCCACACAAUUCGUUCUCACAAAAUUCAGUUUCAUUAGGAACAUAAAACUUGUGUACAUUUGGUAUCGGUAAUAUGUACGUAAUGCAUCAUAUGUCAUUUCCUACGAACUUGCCCUGUUUAUGAAUGUUGUGAAUUAUUCCUUAUUGCUGUUCACUGUUGCACCUGGGUUAUUAUUCAGAAUAGUCCUAAUAGAUGAAAUGGUUAGACUUCGUCUGCUAGCUUGAUCACUGGCAUUUUUCCGGUUGAGCCAAUAUUUUCCAAGAUUCGUGCAAGAUUGCCUUCAAAAGAUUAUCUGCAUUAAAAGAUGUACCAGGGUCAGGGUUCCAAGAAAUAUUGCUCAUUAUUUACUUCCUUGACUUGACCUGUUUGUGCUGCAGCAGACUGAUAUGAUCAUUGGUGAAUUGAG